AUGGAUUCUAUGGGAGCUGCCAUUUUAGAAGGAGAGUGGAGCUCUCUUAGUGGAACGUACACCACUGAGGAAGCCGAUUUCAUGGCUCAAUUGCUCAGUAACUGUCCCCUUCCUGAUGAGCUAGAUGGGAGUUCAAACUUGGGAAUUCCAUCUACUUAUUGGCCUGGCCAUCAUUCUACAAUAAGCAUGAAGGCGGCUUCGUACUGUUCUUCAGAUAUUGCUGACACUAGUUCAUACAGUUUUUCACAAGGGAGUAGUUAUAGUGCUGGUAGUAGUAUUGUUUUUCCAUCUUCAAGUCAAGAGAGCUACUACCUGAGUGAUUCUCAUCCGAUUUUUGUAGCCAAUAAUAGCCCCAUGUCAAUGGAUUUUUGUAUGGAAGAUGCAACAAACACAAGUUCCUAUCUUGUCGAAGGUGAUGAUUGCUUGAACCAAGAAAUGGGCAACGGAAAUGUAGAACAGGCUGGUAAAAGCCACCAAGAACCUGCUCUUCCCAAUAAGAAUUUGGAGCCCAAAAGGGAAUCUGAGAUCCCACAGCCAGAACCAGUCACAGAGAUCAAAAGUAACAACAUAUCAGAGAAUUCUAAGAAAAGGUCUCGAAGUUCAGGAGAUGUCCAAAAGAACCGUCAAAAUGCAAGGUCAAAGAAGAACCAGGGUAGUGCCUCAACCACCAACAACGAUAAAGAUGGGAAUGCUGGUCUCAACGGCCAAAGCUCGGCCAGUUGCUCAUCAGACGAUGACUCAAAUGCUUCUCAGGAGUUGAAUGGAGGACAAGCAGCACUAAAUUUGAAUGGCAAAACAAGAGCCAGUAGGGGAGCAGCCACGGAUCCCCAAAGCCUUUAUGCAAGGAAAAGAAGGGAAAGAAUAAAUGAGAGGCUGAGAAUUUUACAGAACCUCGUCCCCAAUGGAACAAAGGUUGAUAUUAGCACAAUGCUUGAAGAAGCUGUCCAAUAUGUAAAGUUUUUGCAGCUCCAAAUAAAGCUGUUAAGUUCUGAUGAUUUAUGGAUGUAUGCACCCAUUGCUUACAAUGGAAUGGACAUUGGACUUGAUCUCAAGGUUGCCACCCCAAAACGAUCAUAGAAGAUAGUGGCCUGAGGGUGGUACCGCCCAUUCUGUCGAAAACAUUGGCCAUCAGCAUAUUCUCUAAAUUGAAAUAAGUCUUUGCCAUCCGCAUAUUUCCUGUAGUACAUAAACUUCUUCAAAUCUUAAU